AUCGACGACAGUUAAUUCCGGGAUCUGUAGGCGGAAGGUUUUAUUCUUUAAUCAUCCCGCACCCUCUCGGUGUUCCUCCCCCUACUUAUGAAGAGGGAGGUGGGAUUAUAACUAAAGUCGACGACAGUUAAUUCCGGGAUCUGUAGGCGGAAGGCUUUAUUCUUUAAUCAUCCCGCACCCUCUCGGUGUCCGGCUGACUCUAGGAUCACGCCGAGUCAGCUAGCACGCACCAGGUGGCGCCGCAACCACAGGAAGCACUCGGAGAGGCCCUCCGCCGGAAGUGCUUUCUGUUGGGCUCACGCGCCUGCGCAGCUCGUUUCUCCGACACAUCCUCUGCAUCAGCGGAAGUCGCGUGUUGUCCCGUCUCUGUAUUCAUUUCCCGUGAGACCUACUUCCGGCUCUUCAGGCCGCGAGCCGGCUGGCGACAUGGCGUUGUACAACUUCAAGAAGAUUAUGGUGGUCCCCACCGCCAAGGACUUCAUAGACCUGACGUUAUCAAAGACUCAACGAAAGACUCCAACAGUCAUUCAUAAACAUUAUCAAAUUCACCGUAUUAGACAUUUUUACAUGAGGAAAGUUAAAUAUACUCAGCAGAAUUAUCAUGAUAGACUCAGCCAGAUUUUGACUGACUUCCCCAAAUUAGAUGAUAUCCAUCCAUUUUAUGCUGAUUUGAUGAAUGUUCUUUAUGACAAGGAUCAUUAUAAGUUGGCCUUAGGACAAAUUAAUAUUGCUAAAAAUCUAGUGGACAAUGUUGCCAAAGAUUAUGUUCGGCUUAUGAAAUAUGGGGAUUCUUUAUACCGCUGCAAGCAGCUCAAACGUGCAGCUCUGGGCCGUAUGUGCACAAUUAUCAAGAGACAGAAACAGAGUCUAGAAUAUCUGGAACAAGUGCGUCAGCAUUUAUCCCGUCUGCCAACUAUUGACCCAAAUACUCGGACUCUGCUUCUGUGUGGGUAUCCAAAUGUUGGAAAAUCCAGUUUUAUUAAUAAGGUGACAAGAGCAGAUGUGGAUGUGCAGCCUUAUGCCUUUACAACCAAAUCUUUGUUUGUAGGACACAUGGAUUAUAGAUAUUUGCGUUGGCAGGUGGUUGACACUCCAGGGAUUCUGGACCAUCCUCUGGAAGAUAGGAACACUAUUGAAAUGCAGGCUAUAACAGCAUUAGCCCACCUUCGUGCUGCUGUGCUGUAUGUCAUGGAUGUGUCUGAACAGUGUGGUCAUAAUCUGGAAGAACAGCUGAAACUCUUUAAAAAUAUUAAACCACUUUUUGCUAAUAAGCCUCUUAUAAUUGUAGCAAAUAAAUGUGAUGUGAAGAGAAUAUCUGAACUUCCAGAAGAUGACCAGAAAAUAUUUGCAGAUUUGGAAGCUGAAGGACUUCCUGUUAUAGAGACAAGCACCCUGACUGAAGAAGGUGUUAUUAAAGUUAAAACAGAGGCUUGUGAUAGACUUUUGACUCAUCGAGUUGAAACCAAAAUGAAAGGAAAUAAAGUGAAUGAUGUGCUAAACAGGUUGCAUUUAGCAGUACCAAGCAAAAGAGAUGAUAAGGAGAGGCCACCAUUCAUUCCUGAAGGGGUGAUAGCACGUAAGAAAAGAAUGGAAAUUGAUGCACCCAAAAAGAAAAGGGAACGAGAUCUUGAGCUGGAAAUGGGAGAUGAUUACAUUUUGGAUCUGCAGAAAUAUUGGGAUCUAAUGAAUUCAUCUGAAAAAUAUGAUAAAAUACCAGAAAUUUGGGAAGGCCAUAACAUAGCUGAUUAUAUUGAUCCAGACAUCAUGGAGAAAUUGAAAGAGUUAGAGAAGGAGGAAGAACUAAGAGAAGCUGCUGGAGAAUAUGACAGUGAAUCAGAAACUGAAGAUGAAGAAAUGAUGGAAAUCCACCAGUUGGCAAAACAAAUUCGUGAGAAAAAGAAAUUGAAAAUUCUGCAAUCUAAAGAGAAAGAUACAUCAGGACCCAGAAUGCCUCGUACUGCUAAAAAGGUUCAGCGGAAAACGUUGGAGAAUGAGAUGCGCAACCUUGGUAUUGACAUGGAUGAUAAAGAUGAUAGCCAUUAUGCCAACCAGGCAAGAAGAGCUCGAAGUGUUACAAGGAAACGUAAGCGUGAAGAGUCUGUUCCUCCCAUUUCUAAAAGCCGAAGUCGCAGUUGCUCACGUCCACCACGUGAUGUUUCUGGCCUGAGAGAUGCCAAGAUGGUGAAGAAGGCUAAAACCAUUAUGAAGAAGGCUCAGAAGAAGAUGAAUCGCUUGGGAAGAAAAGGAGAAGCUGAUAGACAUGUGUUUGAUAUGAAACCAAAACAUUUAUUGUCUGGCAAGAGGAAAUCUGGUACAAAAGACAGAAGAUAAAAAAUACCCUGUUGAAUUUAAA